AUGGCGACCGAUCAGAAUGCCCCGCCUCCUGUGGCCGACUCGACCCUACAACUCGACAUAGCCAAGCUUCACGGUCUCCCAUCCGAGCAGCAGGACCUCUACCUCUUGACCUUCACCUCGGACCUUUCUCGUUACGCAACCUCUCUGGACGAAGAUGGCGCUUCAGCUCACCAAGUCUGGAUCAAGAAAGAGCUUCUACAGAUUGUCGACCUUCCCUCACCCGCUCCUACACGUGUCAUUCGAAACAAUCUCGCAAGCACCUUCGCAUCGCUCUUCGCCAAAGGGAACCGCAAGCUGCUAUACGAGUCUAUCAACGACCUGGUCGCCAUCCUGAACUCUGGGAAAGACAAGCCUCUCAAGGCCAAACAUGCUGCUGUACACUGUCUAGGCGCAAUCUUCGAAGCUGCUGGAGACAGCGCCAUUAGUCUGUCUAGCUUGACUUGUACAUCCCUUCUGCGCACUCUCAAAGUGGCAUCCAGUCAUGCGGGCUUGCGAAGUGCUAUAUACAAGGCUGUGGGAAGAGUCGCUAGAGGCAUUGGCAAUUCCAUUGAUGAGUCUGUCGCAAAGGAGACCUGGAAAUCAGCCCGUAGUGCCGCUGCAAGCGACAAGGCUCUGCUGGUUCAGAUUAAUGCUUGUUGGUGCCUCGAGCAAUUGGCCACUUGCACUUCUUAUUAUGACAACUCCAACGAUUUUGAGAAGCUGCAAGCUGCACUAUGGAAGGCAAUGGACAGUCCUUCGGGCCCCGUGCGUCACGCGGCAUCUACUUGUAUGGCUGCUGUUCUUGUCAAGAGUUUCUCCGAAACUCCUGUGCGAGACGUCCUCCCCUCGAAGAAGUCUAAAAAGUCAAAGAAACAAGGGGCUGCUGAUGAGGGCGAAGAAGACCACGAACGAUCCACCACACCCGUGUCCUCAAAGCCAAUCACCUCGAUAGCCUUCAGCCUGCUGGAUAUUAUGCGCCAGCUGUCUACCCAAUACUGCAAGCCUGUUGCUUCCAACCGGACUCGUGCUGCCAUCGCAAUAUGUUACAAGCAAAUAUUCACCGCGCUGGGUGAGAGCGUUGUCGAGAGACAAUACGGUGUCAUUGCCAAACAUCUNUUUUCCGACUUGUUAAGUCACCAAAGUCUCACUUGCCAUCGCUACCGCACUCUUAUGACCAGGAAGUUUGUCCGCAUAAUACUACAACAUGUGGUGGGAGGCAUGCUUGGAGAAACAUCACAACUGAACGCCGCCCGAUAUCUUAUGAACGAUAUCAUCAAAGACUAUCCGCAGGUUGUCAAAGAGCGUCCCGAGCCUGGGAAGCAAACACUUACGGCCGCAUUGAGUGCUCUGGCAUCACUAAUAGACAGGUUAGAUGCUGCUGUGAGCAUCAUCUCGGAAAGCUGUCGUGAAUCGCUAUUGCAAGUUCUGCAGCAUCCAAGCUACACUGUCCAAGUCCAUGCUUCGAGGUGUAUGCGGUCCUUUGUGUUGGCUUGUCCUCAGCAGCUUUUGCCGACGGUCACAAUCUGUAUGAACAGUGUCAACCGGGAGAUUGGUCUGCUUACUGGCCCUCGACAAAGUCCCAGGAGGUGUGCUGGGUAUGCUAACGGUCUGGCUGCUGUCUUGAGUGCAUCGAACAAGCAUCCACUUUAUGGCUCCGUAGAUGUCUACGCUCGUGUGCUUACACAGGCUACCAAUCUGCUUAAGUCUAGCAGUAACUCUGAUUUACGAGUUUCCAGUACCCAAGUGCAGGUCGCUUGGAUCAUGAUAGGUGGCCUCAUGUCGUUGGGACCUAACUUCGUCAAGAUACAUCUCUCGCAGUUGUUGCUCAUGUGGAAGAACGCUCUUGCGCCCCCAAACAAGGACAACAUGGCACGCCAGAGUCAACUUGAACUGAGCUUCCUUGCUCACGUGCGUGAGUGUGCACUUGGGUCUGUCAAGGCAUUCUUGCAUUACAACAUCAAGCUUUUGACCUCUGAUGUAUCAAGACGUCUUGCGAGCAUGUUGCAAAACACUGGCACGUUCCUCUCUAUCUUGCCUGAAAAGAAGACAUCUGAGGACAUGUCGCAACGCUUGUCUCCUGCCCUGCAACUGGUUGACUUUGAUCUUAUGGUCAGGCGCAGGGUCUUCCAAUGUUACACUGCUCUCGUGACAGCUAGUCCAGCUGCAGCUUCAGAAAUUGCAACACAGUCGAACGUUUUGCCGUUAGCUGUAUCUUCAUUCGCUGAUCCAGAUCGUCUCGGGCCUUCGUCACUAAGCGUGUCGAUUGCUAGUUCUGCUGGUACACUCGACAGCAUUUGGGGAGUUGGUGAUAAUAGUGGCUUCGGUGUCAAUGGCCUGAUCAACGGUCUGGACUGUUCUCCUCUGCCUUUCGAGAAACAGGGCGAAUCGGAAAAUCACUGGACGUCAAGACACAGCUAUGAAGCAAUAAUAGAUAGGACGGUAAGAUGUACGUGUCCUAUGUUAGUGACUGUGCUGACUAUCAACAGNCUUCUCUCCCCAAUUGGUGGAGCUUGGGAGCACGAUUCAACGACCUCUUAUGUUACACUUGAUGGAUCUCAAAUCUACGACCAACCACAGCCCCCUGCCACAGAAGUGGUGAACAGUGCAAUCGGCAUCUUUGCACUAGCGCUUCCGUUACAAUCUCCUAGGAUACAAGACAGCAUACUGGAGCAGAUCAACUCUUUCCUGACAUCACCUGCUGUGCAGAAGAGUGUGGCACANAAAACGGCACUAAGCGCAAAUGUUGCUCUAGCUUUAUUAGUAACCUCCAAGGUAUUGACAGGACAAGUCAAGGGUUUAGAAGGUAAACUCCAGAGCGCGAACGCAGAGAAAAACAUGCAAAAUCUUCUUCACGCUUUGGGUCACCUCUGCGAGGUUGGCGGCAACGACUUGACUUCACGCGAAAUCAGCUACCUAAUCGACACCAUUGUCUCAAACACCGAACCUCAUGUCCGAUCGGGCUGCGCCUUGGCUCUUGCUUGUAUUCACAACUCGCUCGGUGGUAUGGCAGCCAGUUUUCACCUCAAAAAUAUUCUUGGUAUAUUCAUGUCUCUCUGCGCCGACCCACAUCCGCUGGUACACUUUUGGGCUCUGGAGAGUCUNAAAAGGAUUGUCGAUUCUGCUGGCUUGACAUUCUCAGGCUAUGUUUCUAGCACAAUCGGUCUUCUUGGUCAGUUGUAUGUACUGGACACACACAAUGCCGAGACUGGACCAUUAGCGUCUUCUAACCUUGAGGUCGAGCUGGAAACGACUGCUGCCAAUGUGUGCUGUGUCGAUGCUAUCAUCAACGUGAUGGGUCCAGACCUCUCCGAGAUGGCCAAACCUCGUGGCAUGGUGUUGACUCUUAUUCGACAAUUCCAGACCGAAAGCGACGUUUUAGUUUUGGUCGAGAGUACCAGAUGCCUAGGCAACCUUUCUAUGUAUGCACCUGGUCACAUGGAAUUCGAGAAGUAUGUGAAACGAUUGCAAGCAGAUCUCGACUCCCAAUCUCCAGAGAUCCGCGACAUGGCUAUCAGAGGACUGGCCAAUCUCAUGCGUAGAGACGCUGAGGACAUUGUACGCGCUGCCAAUCCUGGUCUAGAAGAGAAACUUUGGGACGUGCUCGAUCAAAAUCCCGCCCAAGGAACCAUCAAGGAAAUCUUCGUCAAUUGGUUGUCGCAGACUGGCAUGACAGACACAGCGGGCUGGAUUCAGAGAUGCAAUUCGGUCCUCACCAAAGCCAAAGCUCGUGUCGACAAUGCUUCUCAGGACGAAGCAGCAGCCAAAAAGGCAGCUACUACUGAUCUUCAGGACGAAGAAGUCGCAGGAUUUGCUGCUGGAGCAGGCACGAAAGACGAAGAUGCUUCUGCUCCUACAUCAAGCCAAGAACUCAUGAGAUGGCAGGUACGACUGUUCGGCAUGAACCUUCUCAACAGCCUCCUGGAUAGUGUUGUCAAAGAGUCGGCCAUUAACGAAGACAUCCCUGCUUUGGCUUCGCUGCAAUAUAGGGUGGCAGAUGUUGUCUGCAUAUCAUCGACCAGGUGCUCAGANCUUUUUGGUGGGGUGCCCGACCCCGAUUUCACUGAAGCCAUGCUGCUUGAGCAAUACCAAGCACAAAUCAGUUCUGCUUUAACUCCUGCAUUCGCUGUCGACUCAUCUCCCGAGCUUGCCGCUGAAGCCAUCAAUGUUUGCGCCACCUUCGUAUCGACAGGUAUUGUCACAGACAUUGACAGAAUGGGCCGCAUCUUGAAGAUCCUCGUGGCCGCCCUCGAGACCUUUGCAGGAUCUACAGAAACAUCUUCCAUCGGAGAGCUCAAAGGUCUCAGUCCAAACGCCCAAGUCAUGGUACGCAUGUCGGUGUUCUCCGCAUGGGCUGGCCUGCAGAUCGCAACUGCCGAACAGAAAUACUUGGUCGAUGUGGUUAAGCCCCAUGUUGCGAAAUUGACGCCGCUUUGGCUGUCUUCCCUUCGAGAGUACUCCCGUUUGCGCUUCGAACCAGACAUUUCGAAUAACACUAGUGCGACUCCGUUAUCAGACGACCUCGAGACAGUUUACGCUGCACUAAACCGCGAGACCUUGCUCAAGUUCUACCAAGACUCGUGGCUAAGUCUCGUCGACGCCAUUGCUAGUCUAAUUGAUGAGGACAGCGAAUUUGUGUUCGAUGCACUUGAUGGCAAGACCCAAGCGGAUACCGACAGUGGUGUCACUGUGUCGCGCGGGAGCGAUAUCAAUUAUCGCGAAGAACCUGUUGCUUUCUUCUUCGUGUUGUUUGGUCUUGCGUUCGAGGCUCUCGCUAGUAAGCCUGGCGCAGACUCAGCGACUGCAAGAGCACAGAAACUCGAAAUUCUUCAGGCGCUCAAGAGAAUCCUUCGACCUUCGAUCUCUGGUAACGCCAUCUACCAAGAGGUCAUAUUCAACGAGACAAUGGAUCUGCUUGAUCGAAUGGUCCUCACAGAACCUUCGAAUGUGCAGACCAUCAUUGUUGAGAUUGCAAGAAACCUCUGCGUUGGCCAUCCCUCAUCAAGGCAGGGUAUGAGUGCGGACGAUCAUCUAUCCGAUGACAUCGAUCAACUUUUCGAGUUGACCCGCAUCAUUGUACUCGUGUUGGCAAGCAUUGUGCCUGGCUUGGCAGAAAGUCCUCGUCCUGUACGUGCCGAUAUUUCUGAUGAAGCUGUCACGCUAGCACGUCUCUCACUAGACGCACUGGUCGAUGCUUCCGAGGUCUUUCCCUCCAUCAUCAGAGCCGAUCUGCAUGCAUGUAUCUUCCAGAUCUUUGUCACUAUCAUGAGCACAGGUGCAUGUCAGGCGACCUUGAUACCACAAGCAUUACCCAUCUUCCGUCGCUUCAUCAAUGGUGUAGGUGCUGACCCUAGUGAAGACACCAAGAAGCAGAUCCGAAGCACGCUUUCUCGCUUCCUGAUGAUUCUUAAGAACGCCCAGAAACGCGAAUUUGAAGCCUCUCUGCCGUGCGAGAAGAACACUAUCCUAGCAGGAACCAUGCUCAUCACUUCCGCAAACGCUGUUUUCGAGGCCAACGACCCUGUGCUGCUGCGCUUUGUCGCUGAGUUGACGGAGUGCCUCGACAAUCCAAUGACUACAAAGAUGGCCGCUGGCUGCGUACGAACACUACUCGUUGUGCCCAUCCGAGGCGCCGCCCACUCCGCUAUCUUGUCACGUCUACUACCACGUCUAGUGACCUUCCUCACCGUCCCCUCUGAUCUCGAAGGCAUCGAACAGAGCCGCACCAUCAUAGCACAAUCCCUGACCACAGCACUCUCAUCGCUCCCCUCCGACAAGAAACUCGCAGGCUUUGCACUACUCAUCCCUACCCUCCUCGCCCGCGCCGAAAAAGAGACAAAUGUAACUGUGCAGAAAGAGACUGCAGCGAGAUUGCUAGAGUUGGCGAGCAAUGACGCUAACGCAUUCAGAGGUGUUGUCGUGAGGUUGAGUAAUGAGCAGAAGACAUUGAUGGAAAAGGUCAUCAAGGGAUCACAAGGACCUAAACAAGAGGUCCGAGAGGAAGUUGAAGAGAAAGAACCUACUAUUGCACUCAAGAUGAACUUUUGA